UCCUCUCGCCGCCACUGCCUCUCUUGCUUUCUUUUCCGUUUCUUGGUUUGGCGAGAAAAUUCCUACGGGCCACCAUUGUAAGUUCUGGAUUUUCGUCUUGUCCUGCCCACACCUCCUUUCAUCCCCUCUACCCAACGCCAACACUUUUUUUUUUUUAAACUGGAGCGGCGAGCGGGCUGGAACAGCCAGCAAACCCUAUCCUUCACACUACAUCUUAUCCAGACCAGCUCCUGGAAUUGCAGGUCCCUUUCCCAGGAGCCUGUACCUCCUCUCCCAGGAAUCCACCUCCAUUCUCCUCUCUUUCCGUGGUGGACAAAAAAAAAAAAUCUUUGCACCCACGGGCCCCUCCCUACAUCUCGGGACCUUAUUCUUGCGAAAAACCCUCUCCUUCUCUUCCCCGGCCCCCAUCGGUCUUAAUUUCUGAAAAAUGUUGGGGACUCGGAAACAUGGUUGGGCUCCUUCAAGUAAUCCGGAGUGGGUGCGGGUUGGCGCUCUGGGAAUCAGGUGCGAAGGUCAGGAAGGAAGGAGGAGGUCAGCCUUGAUUGGCUCGGCUGCGCCUAGGUGCCCGGCGCCCAUCCAUCUCCUGUUAGGGUCGGAGAAGGAGUCUGCACUGCCACCAGAAGGGGCGCCUUGUGGGUCUGGGAGUACCUUGGGGCAAGGACGCCUGCAGAGAGAAGGGGGGCGGGGAGGGUGGAGAGACCUCGCUUGGGCUCCUGAGUGGUUCUGGAAGCCGAAAAACAACUUGUUUCUAAAGUAGGCGGACUGGUUUGCACUGGAGGGAUUGUGCGUGCGAUCUGUCUAUAAAUACCAGAAUAAAUAAAUACCAGGAGGGUGCUGCUGGGUUGGUGGUGCUGGUGGGGUGCCUGUCCUCGGCAGCAGCCACCCCCCCACCCCGAGGCUUGUGAGGGAGCUGGCUUAACAAACAAGGCCGCUAGAACCUGAAACCCGCCUCAGUCAGGAUCUGCAGAGUCUGUAGCCAAACUGGCUGCAGCAAGAGUUGCUCUGGUAAGGCAGUGGCCUUGGCCUCUAUACGCCAGCCAACCAGAAGGGGUUGGGGUGGGCUUCCAGGGAGGAGGGACCCUGAUGGAGAAUAAAAUGGAGACACGGUGCUCUUUGGUAACUGAAGAGGGGUAUCUUAUUCCAGAGUGGCUCCCCGUACCUGGUGAGUCCUCAAAACGGCUUUUCUGUGUCUUCCCUCUACCUGCCCUGGUGUCCCCGUAAGCACCACUGUAGAGAGCCUAGUCUGUGCACUGAGGGUGCAGCCAGUGCACCCCUAAUAACGGGUACCAAGGUGAUGAGUUUCCAAUUUUGUUCCAAAGUGUUUGAUUUUGUUUGCUUUGCAGCCCCAUUGGUGGUUUGUAUUGAAUCCAGCUAUCGUUAGGCAAUGGGUCAGAGUCAUUUAUAACCCAUUCCCUCAUUCUCCGGUUCAACAGCCCCCAAAAAGUCCCUCUCUGCCUCUCCGAACCAGGAAGGGAUCUUUUGAUUUCUCAUCUGCUCCUUUGGCUGCCGUUUCUGUGGCACUCAUCACUGAAAUGUUACAACCUUGCCGCCUGGCUUUUCUCAGACCCUGGGGCCUAGAUGGGAAGUCAGACCGGACAUCAGUGCCCCAACUGAAUAAUCUGUGUCACUAGGGCUUUGAGCCCAGGAUGUGAGCGGAGGCAAUUCCCUGUUUUGGAAGAAAAUCAGACAGGAAACCAGUGCUAGGAAGAAGGAAGAGAACUCAGUCCAGCAGAGUGUAAUGGGGCCUCAUUACCGAAGCAAAAAGCAGCUGUUGGCUAAUUCCUAGCAUGCUGUAACACAUGAGGAUUUUGCAAUUAGUAAUAACUGGUGCACGGGGUUCUUGCAUAUACGCCUGCCCAUUCGGCCCAGCAGCUUGAGUGAGGCGCCUUUCAAACCAGAGGGAUUGGCAAGAAAUUCCGGGUAGAUAUGCCUGGCUCAGGCAGCGCCUUCAUCCCCACCAUCAACGCCAUCACGACCAGCCAGGACCUGCAGUGGAUGGUGCAGCCCACGGUGAUCACCUCCAUGUCCAACCCGUACCCCCGUUCGCACCCCUAUAGCCCCCUGCCGGGCCUGGCCUCUGUCCCCGGGCACAUGGCCCUCCCAAGACCCGGCGUGAUCAAGACCAUUGGCACCACUGUGGGCCGCAGGAGGAGAGAUGAACAGCUGUCCCCGGAAGAGGAGGAGAAGCGUCGAAUCCGGAGGGAGAGGAACAAGCUGGCCGCGGCCAAGUGCCGGAACCGCCGCCGGGAGCUGACAGAGAAGCUGCAGGCGGAGACGGAGGAGCUGGAGGAGGAGAAGUCGGGCCUGCAGAAGGAGAUCGCCGAGCUGCAGAAGGAGAAGGAGAAGCUGGAGUUCAUGCUGGUGGCCCACGGGCCCGUGUGCAAGAUCAGCCCCGAGGAGCGCCGGUCACCCCCGGCCUCCGGGCUGCAGGCCCUGCGCAGUGGGGGCAGUGGAGGGGUAGGCGCCGUGGUGGUGAAGCAGGAGCCCCUGGAAGAGGACAGCCCCUCGUCCUCAUCGGCGGGGCUGGACAAGGCCCAGCGCUCCGUGAUCAAGCCCAUCAGCAUCGCUGGGGGCUUCUAUGGGGAGGAGCCCCUGCACACCCCCAUAGUGGUGACCUCCACUCCUGCCAUCACCCCAGGCACCUCGAACCUCGUCUUCACCUACCCCAGCGUCCUGGAGCAGGAGUCGCCUGCGUCGCCCUCUGAGUCCUGCUCCAAGGCUCACCGCAGAAGCAGUAGCAGUGGGGACCAGUCGUCAGACUCCUUGAACUCCCCGACUCUGCUGGCUCUGUAACCCAGCUCCCAGGGGCGUCCUCGUCACUGCCUCCUUCCCAGGGACCAGCACCUUUCAGCACUCCAGGGCCACGAGGUUAAGAAGGGGACCCUGCCAGAGAGCUCCGUGGUUCUGGGGAGACCCAGGUGGGAUUUGGAAGUGAGGCGCUGGAGGACUUGGACGAUCUCUUGGAAGUCACGGGACCUCCUCCCUCGUUCAUCUUGCAAAGCAAAUCCUGUUUCUUGAAAAACGUUGGACAACUUGGUUCGGCGGACCCGGGCAUCUCUCUGGCUUCUGAAGAGCCUGAAGCUGGUGUGGACCGUUCCCGUCCCUUUGUCACGACAUGUCUCUGGAGUGAUGGUGUCUUUCUCUGCCCCACCAAGCAUGCUCAGUGCCUUUUGGUUUCACCUUCCCACUAUUUGCCCCUUCCUUCCCCCAGUGUCAAUUUCACUUCCUCUUGGUUCUUAUCAAAUUUGCCAUGACAUUUCAUCUGGGUGGUCUGAAUAUUAAAGCUCUUCAUUUCUGGAGAUGGGGCAGCAGGUGACUCUUCUGCUCGGGCUGACUUGUCCAGAAGGGGACAGUCAAUGUGCAAUACAGAACCUUUCCUCCCCUGACACUCCCGGUCCACCACCAUCUCCAGAACCACCAGCAGGGCUCCCUGAGCUCUCGAGGAGAUGCCGCCAUCGCUGGGAGGCUCGGAGGACCCUUCCUCCCCAUCCUCGGAGACGGCUUUUGGAGGAGCGGCUUGGCCAAAAGACAGGGUGUGAGUGAGACAGCCGGGGCGCAGAUUGGGUUUGCCAAAUGCCUAAUUACCGGGCCAGGAAUAGUGCCAACAGUCCACAUGGGUGUCUUGAGUAGGACGUCUCCUGUAAUUACUGCCUCGCCGUUCUGCCCCGGACCCUUCUCUCCGGACCAGGGAGGCAUCCCUCCCUAGGAGCCACAGAUCGCUCCAAGUCCCUGCUGGCUCUGCCCUCCUCCACUCUGCCUCUCAGGGUGAUGCCACCCACGGAGGUUUAAUGAGCGUGGGCCUGGCCCCUCCCCAAGCCUCAAAAGCGCCUCUGCUGUGGACAGAAAUGCAGGGGGAGGAAGGAGGGAGGCAGUCGGAGUGGGGUUCGCCUCGCAGCAGCCCCAGCACCCGCUUCUCACCUCUCACCCAGGUGCCUGUUCAACCCCCUGUGGUCGUCUGCUACCUAAUGGAGCUAGUGCUUUUGCUUGUACACUCCCCUGCCCCUCACCCCAGCGUGCUCCUCAGAUCCAUCAGCCAGUUGUGAGCAGCUGGCCCAGAGCUGUCACUGUGGCUUGCAGCGUACAUGCCAUGCUUGGGGGCUGCUGAAAUCAGAGAUGAGAUGUGUUGCUUCCCGCUGCAAGCUAGCUGCUCCCUUCCCAUGGGGUGGGGGGCAGGGAAGGGGUCCUCCAGCCUCGCCAAGAGCACAGCUCAGCAGAGCUCAGCGUGGUCCCCGCCUCCCACCCCUCAAAGCCUUUUUCUCCCCAGGGUUGAUCUUCCAGAAUGAGCUUCUGCUGGGCUAGUGCUCUGAGGGAGACCCCGCUAUUGUGAUUCAGCUCUAGAGAUCAUUGGAUGAUAAUUUAAAAUUAUAUAGAUAUUAUUUAAAUCAACCCAGUGGGGGUUAGAACUCAAAGUUGGACUCCGGGGAGAGAGAGAGAAAGAGAGCAGUGACAUGGUUCCCUGUUCCCUAUUCCCUUCACGUACCCAGGCCUGGCACGCGGGCUGGCAUUUAAUGUCCAUUAUCCACUUGCCAUGCACUAGACACACAGAAUGGAACAGCCGAAUGCCUAAAAUACACAGACUGCUGUGACUGGGAGUGACGUGUGGAGAGAUAGGGCAUGAAGAGAGAGGAGAUUAAAAGAAAAAGUAUUUUGUCCCCAAAUGCUUUAAAAAUGUUAUUUCCCACAUUCCUUGGCUGUGACGCUGCCCUCCCAGUUCCCCAGAGGUUCUGGGCGGGGCGCUCCUAAUAAGAUUGGGCCACUGGGUUUCUCUGGCUUCAGAUUAAUCAAGGACGCGGAAGUCAGCAAGGAGUAGCAGGAGACGGGCAAAGAGAGCUGGGGUGCGCUCAGCUCUGAAAGGCUUAAUCAUCUCAAGUGGUGUUUGUGGCCAAUUGGGAGCUAUUUGCUGCUUUUUGCAUAUAUAUAUAUAUUUCUUAAACGAA